UGUGUUGUGUGCGUCUGUUUGUUUUUUGUUCUCCUCCUCAUUUGUUUUACUCUCUCUGUACCCAUGGGGCAACAACUAACCACCCCUUUAAGCCUUACUUUAGGCCACUGGAAAGAAGUCCAAAACCGCGCGCACAAGCAGUCGAUUGACGUCAAAAAUAAGAAGUGGGUGACUUUCUGUUCCUCGGAAUGGCCGACCUUUGAGGUCGGCUGGCCGAGGGACGGGACUUUUAAUGCUAACAUUAUUUCACAGGUCAAGGCACGAGUCUUUCAACCAGGAGCCCACGGACACCCUGACCAGGUUCCCUAUAUCACCAUGUGGGAAGAUCUCUCCCAGGACCCCCCAUCCUGGGUGAAGCCUUUUGUCUCCACUCCGUUACCCCCUACCCUGAUAUCCCCUCCUGCACCGCCUCCCACCUCCUCGACCCCUCUUGUCCCCUCCCCUCCUGUGCCACCUACCUCUUCUCUCUACCCCUUGGAGGAAAUCUCAAAACUAAAACCUGCAAAACCGCCAGUACUCCCAGCACACCAGGACCUCUUACUUUUUGAUUCUCCUCCACCAUACAUUCAACCUCCUCCCCCUCAGAACUCUCCACAACGUCUAGAACAGGAUCCGUGCUCCUCUGGCCCCGACCCCGACUCCACAGGGGCGGAGAGAAAUGCACCAGCGCCUUCCCCACCCUCCAGCCGUCUGCACCUCCGCCGAGAGCACGCAGGAGGCCCUGAGGGCAUCUGGACAACACAGGCUUUUCCCCUCCGUUCAGUGGCUGGCCAGAUGCAGUACUGGCCGUUUUCUGCUUCUGAUCUCUAUAACUGGAAAACCCAUAACCCGUCUUUCUCCCAAGAUCCCCAAGCUUUGACAGGAUUGAUCGAGCCCAUCCUGUUAACCCAUCAGCCCACAUGGGACGACUGCCAGCCGCUUAUGCAGACCCUCCUCACCACCGAGGAGAAGCAGCGUGUCUACCUCGAGGCAGGCAAGAACGUCCCCGGGGCUGAUGGAAGACCAACUCAGCUGCCUAACGAAAUUGAAGAGGCCUUUCCUUUGACCCGCCCCGACUGGGACUACACCACGGUUGCCGGCAGGGAGCGACUCCGUCUCUAUCGCCAGGUUCUCCUAGCGCGUCUCAAGGGGGCAGGAAAGCGCCCCACCAAUUUGGCUAAGACGGAGUCCUCACAGCCAGCCUAUGUUUGCUUUUGAGUGGAAAGAUCCGGAGACAGGAUUCUCAGGACAGCUCACCUGGACAAGACUGCCACAAGGAUUCAAGAAUUCGCCCACCCUGUUUGAUGAAGCUCUACACCAAGACCUGGCCGACUUCCGAGUCAACCACCUGGACCUGGUCCUCCUACAAUAUGUGGACGACCUCCUCCUGGCAGCUGAAACUGAGCAGGACUGUUUGAGAGAUUCGGCGCCACUGCCUCUCUCAACCCAGCUACCCUGCUCCCGGAACCGGGAUCCGAGUCGCAGGUCAGCCACAACAGCCAUCAAGUGCUGGUUGAAGCGCACGGAACCUGAAAAGACCUGACUGACCUGCCCAUGCCAGACGCCGAAUGCACCUGGUACACGGACAGGAGCAGCUUCCUGCACCAAGACACUUUCUCUGGAUGGACAGAAGCAUUCCCCACAAAGCGGGAAACUGCCCAGGUGGUUGUCAAGAAGAUUCUGGAAGAAAUCUUCCCCCGGUUUGGCUUGCCUAAGGUAAUAGGGUCUGACAAUGGCCCUGCGUUUGUCUCCCAGGUAAGUCAGUUGGUGGCUGGAGUACUGGGGAUAGAUUGGAAAUUAAAUUGUGCCUACAGACCCCAGAGCUUAGGACAGGUAGAAAGAAUGAACAGAACAAUUAAGGAGACCUUAACUAAAUUAGCUUUGGAGACUGGCACUAGAGAUUGGGUCCAACUCCUCCCUAUGGCCCUGUUCUGGGUACAGAACACCCCCUCUUACCAUGGACUGACACCGUAGAGAUCCUCUACGGGGGACCUCCACCGAUGGCAGGUUUGCUUGAUCCUGCCACUGACUCUGUUGCCAAUACCCCUAACUUGCAGGCCCAAUUAAGAGCGCUCCAGAUCAUCCAGAACCAGGUCUGGAAGCCUCUUGCUGCAGCCUAUCGUGCCGGAGAAACAACUGUCCCACACCCCUUCCAGAUAGGUGACUCUGUGUACAUCAGGAUACAUCAGUCCAAGACUCUUGAACCUCGCUGGAAGGGCCCGUUCACUGUGCUGCUGACAACCCCCACCGCUCUCAAGGUAGACGGAAUUGCUGCCUGGGUCCACGCCUCGCACGUGAAAUGAGCACCACCUGAGGACCACAGAAACCCGGACGGACCAACCCGAUGGAAGCUUCAGCGUACCCAAAACCCGCUCAAGAUAAGACUCUUAAAAACCGCUUAAUGCUUGUAAUGCUUUUGACUUUCCCCAUCCUAACCACCCCCAACCCACUACCAGUAGGGCCAAAUCCUGUCCUAAGAGAACAGGGACCCCCCCCCUCCCGAUCAGAGCCUGCCGCCCUACCCCAAAUUAUAAGAGAUGCCACCACUCCCUCUGUCUCUCACACUGGGCUGCCUUCCCAGUCACCACUGACCACCGGGCAACGACUGUUCAAUCUCCUGUCGGGGGCCUUUCUGGCCCUAAACUGGACUAGCCCUAAUGUAACUGACUCCUGUUGGCUGUGCUUGUCUUCGAGUCCACCCUAUUAUGUAAACCACACCGAGGUCAUCAGGGAAUCUAUGGCUAAGCUUAAAGACAGGCUUAAUAAGAGACAAAGGGACCGGGAGGCCCAGCUUGGUUGGUUCGAAGGCUGGUUCAAUAGGUCCCCAUGGAUGACUACUUUAAUCUCCACAAUAAUGGGCCCCUUGCUUAUCUUGCUUCUGCUCCUGACCUUAGGCCCAUGUAUCCUUAAUAGGUUGCUUCAGUUUGUUCAUGAAAGGCUGUCCAUUGUUCAGGCCCUAGUGUUAACCCAGCAAUACCAGGCCCUCAAAACUACCGAGAUACCAUAGAUUUUAAGAUUAAAAUCAGUACAAAAGAAAAGGAGGGAAUGAAAAACCUGAGGGACCCUUACUCCGGUGUUUGGUGUGCUUUGUGACAAGUGUGGCUAAGAGCUAACUGCAGAUCUUUUGCUUCUGUACACAUUAGCUUUGCUGGCUAACGCCUAAGGAUAAAUCUUGUAACAUUUUAGAAACUGGGGUUUGAAAAGCCCCCACAUGGAAACAAGCGCCAGAUGUCCCUUCCCCCCAAGAUUAGCUAACACACUCUAAGUUUCGAGUUCCAGAGAGUUUCUGUUCUCCAAAUGUUUGCUUCCCCCAGAAAAGAAACUAAUUGUAACUCCCGCCCUGGGCAGCCUCUCCCCAUCUAAAGGACCCAAUGAGUACUCAUGGCAACCUUUAAACUAG